UUCUGCGCCUCCCGCAGGGAUGCUGUAGGCGGAUUCCCUUUGGGAAGGGCCAUCCCUGUGCCGGGGAAGAAGGGGUGUGUGGGGGGGUGUUAUCCAUCCCCCUCCCCUCCCCUCCUCGGGCAUCUCCUCCUUUGAAUCCCCAAGGGCAGGGCGGCCGCCGUUGCGCAUCCGCGCAUCCCUCCAACCCCGCCCGGCGCAGCGCGGCGUAGAGGGGCGGGGAGGGACGCGGGGAUGGCGCCGCUGGUGCUGUACCACUGGACCCAGUCCUUCUCCUCCCAGAAGGUGCGCUUGGCCAUCGCCGAAAAAGCCCUGGAGUGCGAAGAGCACGAUGUCAACCUGCCCCUGAGCGAGCACAACGAGCCCUGGUUCAUGCGCUUGAAUUCCUCCGGGGAGGUGCCCGUCCUCAUCCACGGGGAGAACAUCAUCUGCGAGGCCACGCAGAUCAUCGACUACCUGGAAGCCACCUUUGUAGAUGAGGAAGUCCCAAGACUCAUGCCAGAAGAAGGGAGCAUGUAUUACCCGCGGGUGCAGCACUACAGAGAGCUUCUAGACUCCUUGCCUAUGGAUGCCUACACGCAUGGCUGCAUCCUGCACCCCGAGUUAACCGUGGACUCCAUGAUCCCAGCCUACGCCACCAGCAGGAUCCGCAGCCAAAUAAGUAACACAGAAUCAGAAUUGAAAAAACUUGCAGAAGAAAACCCAGACCUUCAAGAUGCCUAUAUAGCAAAGCAAAAGCGCCUUAAGUCUAAGCUGCUGGAUCACGAUAAUAUAAAAUACCUGAAGAAAAUACUGGAUGAACUGGAAAAAGUUUUGGAUCAGGUGGAGACUGAACUGCAGCGGCGAAAUGAGGAAACACCAGAAGAUGGAAAUCAGCCUUGGCUCUGUGGUGAUUUCUUCAGCCUGGCAGACGUGUCACUUGCCGUCACGUUACAUCGCCUGAAGUUUCUGGGAUUAGCAAGAAGAAACUGGGGAAACGGAAAGCGGCCCAACUUGGAAGCCUAUUACGAGCGUGUCCUGAAGAGAAAAGCGUUUUACAAAGUUUUGGGACACGUCAACAAUAUAUUAAUCUCGGCCGUUCUGCCGACGGCGUUCCGGGUGGCCAAGAAGAGGGCACCCAGGGUCCUUGGCACCACCCUGCUGGUCAGCCUGCUGGCAGGAGUGGGUUAUCUUGCUUUCAUGUGUCUUCGGAAGAGGUUUGCCAAUGUGAUUUUAUCAAUUAGAACCAGGCAAAAUUAUUUUUAGACUCAUCUAUCCCUGGUGGUGAGCGGAGGGCAUUUCUACUCCUCUCCCUCCUCCCUCCCCCUCCCUAGGAAAAUAUCCCCAGUAAAAUAUAAAAGUAGAAGAAAGGUUAUGCCUGUGAAUUAGAGCAUUGACACACAGCAAUUGUCUCCUGCUGGUGUAUAAUUGGAUUGGCGAUGCUGAGAUAUUUGUGGAAAAUAAUAUGUUAGAGGGGACAACAAAGGAAAGAAGAGACUUUCUUUUCAGAUGAGGAGCCAUAAGGGCAGUGACAAUGCUUUGCUAAAGUGCUUAUUGCCUCCUUUAUCCAGUAGCUGGCCUAAUUAUAUUGCUUUUAUUUAAUAGACAUGCAGCAGUGUGAUAGCUCUUCACCAUGGGUGAAAUCCAUUACUGUGCAGAAACCUGUUGAAAUACUGAAAAUAGCACUUUAAAUGCUCAGAGUAGGACUUAAGAGGAACGUACAGGCUCUGUGCCUGUGGUGUACGGGAGUGAGUGUCUCUGUUGUGAUUAAUAUCUAUCGAUUUGCAGGUCAGCCUUUAGGAAUGUGUUAAAAAGUAGCCUUGUGGAACCACUUCUGUCAUUAAAUGUUCAUGCAGUAGUACAGGAAGAGACCUGAAAGAUGUAUGAACAUCAAUGAUUUGUGUGCUGUGUGGGUGAAGUUCUCCAGAGGCGUCAAUGGUCAACAGAUGCUGGACUUCUGCUGAAAUGUGAAUGGGAGUGAAAAACCCCACGCUGUCUUCUGGAAGCCUUUUUGGUUGUCUUUGGCCCAGGCAGGUGCCCAGCCUGAGUCAAACCAAACCAUUUUGGUGCACGUUUCCUGCUUUCAUUGGGGUGGCUUGACGGAGUUGUCCCCGUAUCAGUGUCCCAGGUACACUUUCUCGUUUCCACUCUGAGCACUGGCUAUGUUUUGCACACUCCUUGGCGACGUUAGCAACUGCACGUGCCUCUAUUAAAUGUUUGCCCACCAUGUGCCACAGCCAAUGAGACAAUGUACGCACAGCAAUGCGUUUUGUAAAAGCGAUUUGAAAUACUUCUCUGUCCUUCAGUCUGGUUGGGUAGCCCAGAUUGAAGGCAAAAGAGCAAUUUAGUAACCUGUUUACUUGUGGAGAGGAGGCAUAGAAUUGUUCAAGGCCAGGCUG